CCGAACUAUGAACACUUCGUAUCCUACCAGACCUGUCUCUACCUGCAACGAUGGAGCAAGCACCCCUCACCCUCGCGCAAAACCAUGUCAGAAACGCCGUCGCCGCGACCGCUAACUCGGAUGUGUCCACCGCGAGUGCUGAGCAUGAGCUGGCCGCGCAGCACUUCGCAAAGGCAGCCCAAACCACCGGAGAUCCAGAGGCACUGAGAAUCCUCGCCCUCCUCGAAAGCCAGCAUCACCGCCUGGCAAGUAUAAUCAAGACUCCAGCAGCACGUGCGUCUGUUGCAAGCCCUCAGGACCCGCAGUCAGAAUCUACAGCGUCUUCAGUACGACCACGGCGAGCUUCCCCAGGCGCUCCCGGUACCCGAUCCGCCUCUCCCGCGUCGACUUCUUCACCGUCCAGACCAGCCACCCGUCGGAGGCCCUCCCGAGAUCCUGCGUCCUCCAUAGUGACCAACCUAGCAAAUGCGAGAGGAAUACCCGGCGCACAACCAAAGAGGGGGUUGGUAGCUGGAGCAACUGUAUCUGUCGCGAAUGCUAUAGCCAACGCACCAAGUCGCCUCGAGAGACGAAGCCGCGCAGAAGGACAAGAGUCACCGCCAUCGGCGAAGGAUGCCAUACAACGCCAGGCAAGAAGAGUUGACGAGACGAAGACAGAGGGUUCACAGAGACGGCCACAGUCCCUGGACAAUGGACAACAGUCACAAGUCUCCCAAGCCUCCGAAACAGCGACUGCUACAUCAGACGACCGCUUCCACAAGUUCUACUCCACAUUCGAGAAUGUCUUCUCCGCAAUCUCAGCACCUCUGGCUUUCGCCAGCCUUCCACUAGGCCCUUCCUCCACUCCGACUCCUCCAGCUCCAAACCCCGCCCCCGCUCCUAUCAAACCCGUGCGUUCGACCACGACUGACGAGCCCGACUAUACAACUUUGAUAUCAAAACCUGCUCUCCGUGCCCUUCGAGAGGAUCCAGACCGUAAUGGACGCUUCGGCGGUGCAGCCGAAUCGUUCUACGUCGUUCCUCCCUCCGGCGGCACUGUAUCCUAUGCCGGAAUUCUUCAGCACACUUCAGGCCACCUUCCCGACCUGAUCGAGGAAACCUCGUCCGACCGCGGUAGCCAACACGAUGAGUUCGUGGACGCGAUGGAGACACCAUAUCCACCCUCUCCUACGGCUCCGCGCCACGUGCGGCGCAAACCAAAUGCAAAUGCCGCCACGAAACCACCCCCUAACAGCAUUCCCGCCGGCCGAGGCGCAGGCCGGAAAACAGUGGAGGAGAUUGAACUUGAGAAUACGACCCUCCGCGCUCUGCUAGAUAAGCAGUCCCGCAGACUACAGAUGUGGGAGGCAACCUCCCAGAGCCAAUCGCUGGCACUGGCAGCCAGCCUGCGCAAUCGUGGUCCUCCCGGCAUCCACGCCGCCACCAGCGACCCAUCUGCACUUGCGCAUGCUGCCCAGGGGGCAAAUAUGAUGCCGCCCCCUCCUAUACCUGCUGCCGCGCGCACGCCCUCCUCGAGGCUCAAAUCUAGUACAGGACCGCAACCAAUACCCGAUGCUUCGUCAACGUCAGCAACAGCUACAGCACCAGCGACGGUUGUAGAUGAUGUCUCAGCAGCCAAGAUCGCGGAACUAACACAGCUACUUGAAGCACAACUGCAAGCCGCUGAACAGGCGCGAAAGGAGCAGGAACGCACGGCGGCGCAGAACGAGAAGCUGAAGGGUGUUUUGGGGCAGUAUCGGGAACGGUGGGAGGCGCUGAAGACGGAGGCGAGAAAGCGGAGAAACGGGGCGAAAGCCCCUGGGACGACGACGCCGAUUGAAGAGGGCGUGGAGACGUCUGAGGUCAGGGAGGAGGCUGGCGGCGAAGGCGGGGGCGACGAGAAGAAAGAAGAGGGUGGGGUGGGUGUAGAAACACCCUAGGGGGAAUUUUGAUACCAAUAGAUGAG